CGUAACACUAAGAAAGUACGCUACAGACUGUGAUAAUAACUUAUAUAUUUAUUCCUUGAUAAAGUCUUGCGACAACAGGAAAACUCCGUACAUAACUAUUUAAAUAAAGUUCUGGGACAGAUUUUUUAUACGAACCCGUUAGGGUCGUUUCUACCCGACAGCGUGGCGCAAGGGGGAGGUUCAACACCACCUGUUGCAUCUUCGAGGCGCGUCUGCGUAACAGCCCAACAAUGAACACAUUGCUCUCUGAGUAGUCGGUUUCCCACUGCCUAGCGCCCACGCUAAAAAUAGUUUUCAAUUAUACAACAUAGUGCAGAAAGAUAUGGCGCACAAAAAAGCAUCAAGUACUUUCGAUUCAACAAUCAAACAGUUACUAAAAUUUCCUAACCGUGGCUUCGUUUGCAGUUAAGAAGAACUGUUAACGUUUUUAUUUCACUGUCUUCUUUAUUUAUCACGUUGCUCAUCUAUCUAGUGGAAAUUAUCAAAUAUGUUCCACUCCACUCAAGCAAGUACCUGUGUGGUAUACUUCAAUGCCACUGAAGGCCUAUUUUCGUAUUUGGUCCAGGAAGCAGAAGAAGGGGAUAACUGCAAAACCACAAGAUUUCAGGAAACACCAAAAACUGUUUUACGCUACAAAUUCAAAAAAGUUUUGAACUUUUAUUUUCCAUUCUUAUUUUUUGAAGACUGCUUGAUAAAAUGGUCAUGGUAGAAUAUUUGAUAUCGACCCUAUCUAGAUUUUCAAAAUGUAUCUCCCGUAAAAUUUGCGUAAAGGGAGUUAAGUCAAGUUACUCCUAUAAAAGUUAAUGGAGUUUGGAGGCAAGUUCUUUAAUGUCCUACAAAAAGAGUCAUCUCAUCUAUCAAAUAUCUCUAAAUGCUAUAUAUCAUUCAUUAGGGGUCAAUCCGAUUUUUCUCCUAAUACAAGUAAAACCUUGAGGUAAAAAGGGAUAAGUCUACUUGACUCAUUUUUCAUUCCGUCAUAUCGCAGGAACUAUGGCACGUAGACGGAAAAUGUGCCAUUUUACUGUAGAUGUAGAACGGCCACUAAAAAUCUCAGUUUGGGGUUAUGUCAGUUAAUCCCUUCUUCCGCUUCCUGGAUCCAAAUUUGAGGUUGUGAGACGCAAAGCAACGUAAGACUCUUAGUCUCAUGUCCAAUGUCCAACUCCUUUUUGUGGUCUGCCUCUCAAAAGUGCAUUAAAUUAUGCGGGAUGCAGUUUGACUAUCAACAUAUUUAUUAGUCGAGAUGUGCGCAGAUUGGCCUUAAUGUCUUCCAGUUUCUUGCAAACCCCACAAAGGUGAAGGGCUGCACCCAACCCCGUUUUACAGAUAGAACAUUGUGUAAACGACACUCUGCAUAUGGGAUAUUGUGUACUCCGCACGCUGCAGAUAGAACAUUGUUGUUAGGACGCGUCGAUUUCUUUUGCUUGUAGAAAAUUUGGACGGGCCGCAAAAACGGGUCCCAAGAGCGGGUUACGAUCCUGGACCCCUUAUGGUGACCCCCACUGCCACUGGGCAAUUCUAGAUCGCACGAAUGGCAAAAAUUCCGUAAUUUUCUUAGGUUUUUGGCUAAACUACUUGAGUUAGAAUAAAACCAGACAUGACUUUUCCCUGACUUCCCUGACUUCCCUGACCGGUAUGAGCCCUGGACUAGCGUAGACCAGCGCGGCCGACUCUGCGUGGGGCUGCUCGGGCUCGGCUGAGUCUCUCUAGGCUCGGCUCGUGGCGGGCGGGGGCGGGGCUGACGCGGCGCGACGAGACGGCGUCGGGCGACGUACGCCAGCCGCUUCACGACCCCGCCUAGCAGGCCUAGCACAAUACGUAUAUAAGCUUUCUUCUGGUUCUCUUUAAUAUUUCUUAAUCGAGAGUUAAAGCAAUGACACCUUACCUUACUCGUGUAUAGUUAUGUUUAGAUAUGUAAGUGUAAGGUUGUAAGGUACCAUCUGCUAAAAAAAAAAACGGUGUUAGGGAGCAACGAAUCGGUUCGUUGGAAUGAGAAGUUUUUGGUGUUUUACUUGAGUUUAUAAGUCCGCGGGUGGACCUGAGCCGUUGACCUUCACUGGGUAGUCUCUUAGGCACGCCUUCAGUUGUUGUGGCGCUGCGACUCCCCCCUCGCCCGUACUUCAGCUCUUCGCUCGGUAUCUCUCUCCAACAGACACUCUCAAACGCGCCAGUCGCACUCAUCAGUUGGCAUACACCUGCUCAGUAGAGCGGUCCGGCUAGUGCCACACGUGACUCCCUCGUCUAGUGAUCAUCGAGUUGUUGGCUGAGUGCAAAUUAAACUAAACUAUACUAUACAAUAUAGUAAUGGACUAUACCGUCUAACGAAGCCAACAUAUUGAUCGGAAAAGUCGCCGCAAUAGGUUGGUGCCAACCUAACAGUGUAUGGAAAAAAAUUGUGUUGGAACAUAUGCAAUGUUAUAUAUUUGCUACCUUUAAAUUGUUAGGACGUUGCAUUUCCAUGUUUUGUGUUGUAUGCAUUCGUUUUAGGCGCACUUCUGUAGUUUUAAGGCGUUUUAAAUAAAUGUUGUAUUUGGUUUGGCAAAUAUAGUUUUCAUUUCGUUGUGGUGGUAGCUAUUACAUGUUUGAAAUUCGUGAGCCGGUAGCCGUUAGCGGCGGAGCACUAUCACAAGUUUUGACUGGUGUGUUUUUAAACUGGGAAUUUUAAGAUUAACCGAAAGAUUAUGUUCAUGAGAUUCGUCUAAGUUGAUUAUUUUAACAUGCAGAUGUAUUGUUAUGAAUAAAUAAAAAAAAUUAGUGUGGGAAUUUAAAGAUUCACCGAAAGAUUAUGUUCAUGAGAUUCGUCUAAUUUUAUUAUUGUAACAUGCAGAUGUAUUGCUGUAAAUUAUUGUGGAUUAUGGCGGCUGUAUUUAGUGCUAUUGUCCACAUUUCAAUGCAAGAUGCCAUUUGUGAAAUUCAAUUGUUUGAAAAUGAAUCGCAUGGUAUGGAUGUUGGUUCUGAAAUUGUGGAGGUUGAAGUGUAUGGUGGAAAUCAACCAAAUGUGACUCGUUGGGAAUCACAAUUUAUUGAUAAGCCGAACCAAAUCGGGAAUAUGUUAGCCACACGAGUUUGUUCUGCAGCAAAGUGUCAUUCAAAUAAUGCCAGUGUAAAAUUGUAUUCAUUUCCUUACAUAUUUAGAAAUAUGAAUGGGAGGAAGGUGGUGAAUAAGUCUGGCCUUGAACGGCUUAGGGAAUGGAUAAGAUUAUCUGGUAACAUGAAAUUAUUAAAUGUGAAUCCAGGUCAUAUGUGUAAUGGUUUUUAUUUGUGUGCUGAUCAUUUCAAUAUGCAUCAAUUCAAUUCCAAAAAUAAUGAUAUCUUAAAGAAGACUGCCAUUCCAUCACUGUUUGAUUCUAAUCCAAUUGGUGAUGAUGCAAUGAGUGCUUAUGAUAUUGGAUGGAAUAUUCGCGAAUUUAAUGUAGAUACGUUUGUAGAAUAUAUGGAGAAGAAUAUCAUUGAUGUUACUGAGGAUGAUCAAAUUUCUACACACGUAGUUAAUGAAGAAAGUGAAGUAAAUAUCAGCAAUGAUGCACUUGUUGAAAGUGUUGGAAAUCGUACCAAUUGUGAUGUUAAGAAAUGUUGUGUUCAAGGAUGUGUAAAUAUUUUUGAAAAAUUGUAUUCAUUUCCAAAUGUGUUUAAGAAGGGAGGUAAAGUUAUUAAUUUGCAGGCGUUACAAACUUGUAGGGAAUGGCUGCGUAAAUGUGGCAAUCCAUUAUUAUUGAAUCGCAAUCCAAGUAAAUUAUUUGAAGAAGUUUUUGUGUGUGAGGGACAUUUUUCAAAUGAUGCAUUUUACAAGUAUAAUAAGUCAAAAUUGAAAGUGGCUGCAAUCCCAAUUCACUUUCAGUAUGAGUGUUUAAGUGAUGAACUUAUGUAUAAAUUUGAUAUGGCGUGGAAGAUGCCUCAAAUUUUGUCAAAUAAGAUAACUGAGUUCGAUGAAGAUGAACAGAAGAAUGUAGCAACUGAAGAUGAUGUAGUACCUGUUGUUAUUAAUGAGUUGGAGGAAAAUAAUAAUGUUGUGGAGCCAAUUCGUUCUUAUACUAGAUUGCAGAAGUGUUGUUACUUAUCUUGCAAUGGAAGCAAUAGGGAAACAACAAUGUUUCGAUUUCCAAAUGUUCUUAGAAAACUUAAUGGUGUUAUGCAAGUAGAUCAGACUAAAUUGGACAGGUUUUUGCAAUGGUUGAAGAAUAUUGGGAAUGGUAUUUUAUUGUUGUAUGAUCCAAAGUUUAUUAAUGAGAAGUUUUUUGUAUGUAAGGAUCAUUUUGAAGAAAAGUUUAUCAAUUAUCAGAAGGUAGAUAAAUUAAUUCCAAGUGCAGUUCCUAUGUGUGCUGAACACGUUUUGUCUGAUGAGAGUGUGGAACAAUAUUGUUUAAAUCUAAACCGGUGGAGUGAUAACAAUUAUGAUGCCAUUUGUUUUGAUGUAACUAAAAGAGCAGCAUCAGACUUUGAUGAUGAAAUGAAAAAUCUGAAGUGGAAUGUGUGUGUAUCCUGCAAAGAAAAGUUCUUAGUUAAAGGAGAUGAUGAAACGAAAUGUUUACAUAAAGACAAGUGUUGGGAAUACUGUGGUAUAAAUAAUAUGGAUCCAGGAGAUGUUCCUAUUGAAUUGCAAGGUCUGACUUUCAUUGAGGAAAGAUUGAUUGCUAGAGUUCACCCCCUCAUUUCAGUAUAUAUGUUAACCAGGAAUGGGCAAUACGGUUAUCGAAAGAACGUUAUCAAUUUCUCUCAGAAAAUUGAUAGUUUUGCCAGAGAAUUGCCAAUGAAGAUUACAGAUUUAAAUUCCAUUAUUGUUGUCAGGAAAGAAGGUGAAGAUAACACAUACCAUGAUUUUCAUGUGAGGGCUCAUAAAGUUAAAGCAGCAUUAGUGUGGUUGAAACACAAUAAUAAGUUUUAUGAGGACAUAAUGAUUAAUGAGGAUAACCUAAAUUUAUUACCUGAAGAUAGCAAUGUGUCCGAUGAAAUCCAAUCAUAUUGUGGAAAUGAUAUAAGUGAGAAGAAUGUAAUACCUAUGGAUGUAGAUGAUGGAAUUUGUGAAGAAAGUAAUAUUGAUGAUCCAUAUCGUACAGUUGUGUCUGAUGUUCAUUUUCCACAUCAAGAUGAACAGAUUAGAAAUUACCUAAAUUGGCCUUCAUUUGAAUCUCAACCUAUAGAUGAAUAUAGUACUCCAGGUUACAUUGCUUGUGCAUUUCCUACUUUAUUUUGUUAUGGUAAAGCUGACUUGAGGGAUUGGCAUGAAAAAGAUGUUAAUGCGUCUAAUUAUUUUAGACAUUUAUUGCGUUAUCGAGAUGAAAGGUUUUCUAAGCAUAAAACUUUUCGGUUUUUUGCUUAUAAUUCUUGGAUGCGUUGGACUGCAUUAACAGAUGGAAAUGUGUAUGUCAAACAAAAUGAAGAAUUUAAAAAUAUGACUGUUGAUCAAUUAAAGGAAAUAUUAAAAGAAAAUCCAAAUAUUCUGAAGAAAGUAAUGUUUCAUGCUAGAAACUUGAGGGGAAGUAAGGCAUAUUGGCAUUCAAGAGCUGGAGAAUUGCAUGAUAUGGUUAAUCAGUUACAUAUGCCAACCAUAUUUUUAACAUUGAGUGCUGCAGAUCUACAUUGGAAAGAUCUGUAUAGAUUACUUACUGGAAAAGAAGAUUUAUCUGAAUUGACUGAAUUUGAAAGACAUAAGCUAUUGAGAGAUAAUCCACAAGUUGUUGAUGAAUUCUUUGAUAUGAGGGUAAAUGCAUUUUUGAAACAUGUUUUGAUUAAAAAGUAUAAUGUCAUUGAUUACUGGUAUCGCAUUGAAUAUCAGCACAGAGGCUCGUGCCACCUGCACGGAGUCUUUUGGUUUGAAAAUGCUCCUAAUUGUGACAAGAUGGAAGAGGCAACACAAGAAGAAUUAGAUGUCAUUGUUGAUUAUUUUAAUGAUCUUAUAUCAGCCAUUAAUCCAGAUAGUCAUUCAGAGAGAGAAGAUGAUCAUCCUUGUAGAAAAGUAUAUGGCAAUGUAACUGACUUUCAGAAGGAUCUUGCUGAGCUUUUGAAUACAGUCCAAAGACAUACAAAAUGUUCUACUGAGUAUUGUAUUAAGUAUAAUAACAGAACAAAGGAAAGUAAGUGCAGAUUUGGCUUUCCUAUUUUGGAUUUGAAUGAUCAAGCGAAAUGUGUUGCAAAUGAAUCUGGUGAAAUUGAAUUUUGUCCGGCUCGUAAUGAUGACAGGUUAAAUAAAUACAAUCAGUUUAUAAUACAGUUGUGGCGUGCAAACAUGGACAUUGCACCUGUUAUUAGUAAGAAGAGAUUAUUGGCGUAUUUAUCGAAAUACAUUUCAAAGUCAGAAGUUUCUUCAGGCUGUGUACUUGAUCUGAUGAAAGGAAUUUUGGAUUCAAUGAAUGAAGAAAGCAAAUGCGUUCAUGCCAUUCAACGCUUUUUUAUUAAAGCUUGUGUGGAACGUGAUGUUUCAGCCCAAGAAGUAAGCCAUAUAUUGUUAGGACUCAAAUUGCAUUCUAGUGGUAAAAGAUCAUUUGUUAUUGUUAAUUUUAAUAAUAAGAAAUGGUGCCAAAUUUUGACUGAUGAUGAGAAUCUUGAUGAUGGUACAAGUGGUAAAUCGUUUAUUGAAAAGUACAAAGAUCGUCCUGCAUUUUUGGAAAAUGUUUCAUUAUGGGAUGUUGCCAAGAAAUAUAAUGUUGCAAAGUGGAAAUUGUUAUCUUCCAACGCAGAAAACAUUGUUAGAGUUUUUCCAAUUGUGAAGUUAAAAGUGGAUGAAGAGAAUGACAAGUAUUUUGAACAGCAAGUUUAUUUACAUGUACCAUGGCGCAAUGAUGAAAAUUUAAGGAAUGAGAAUGAGUCAUGGAAUGAAGCUUAUAUUAGAUAUGGUUUAAGCAAUGUGCCAGGAGUUGUCGAUUUGUUAGAAAAUGUAGCGUCUGAUGAAGCUGAAGGAGAAGAAGAUGAUGAAGAAUUGUUAGAUGGUUUUUAUGAAGCAGAACUGGAAAGGGAGAAUAACGAAGAAUGGAUGGUGUGUUCAAGUAUUGGACGCGGUAGAAUAGAUCAAGUUGAAUUGGGAAAAAGGCAUGUAGAUAUAAAUUAUCCAUGGAUGGGAUCAUUUGAGAUGUAUGAACAGUAUGGAACCAUAGAAGAAUUUCAAAAUUUUAUCAGAGAGCAGAAGAAAAUGUUUGAAAAUAGUAAUGAAUUAGAGACAAAUGCGUUUGUUAAUAGUCCUAAUAUUAGUCUCAGUUGUGAUCAGCAGAAGGUGCUGCAAUUAGUGACCAAACAAAUUGAAUCAAUUGAAUGCAAUAAUACCAAUUAUGCAUGUGAUGAUGUUGUUAAAACUUGCAUAGUUCAAGGCAAGGCUGGUACUGGGAAAAGUUUGGUAAUUGCACAAAUUAGAAAACUGUUAACAGAGAAAUAUGGAAAGGAUUCUUAUGUAUUAGGUACUCCUACAGGUGUAUCUGCAUUAUUGAUUAAAGGGAAAACUGUUCAUUCAAUCUUUCGAAUUCCAAGAGAAAGUAAGAAUUUCAAACCAUUAGCAGGUGAACAAGCUAGAAAAUUGAACAACGAAUUUGCAAAUGUGAAGUUUUUAAUUAUUGAUGAAUAUUCUAUGAUUGGUAGUAGGAUGAUGGGAAUGAUAAAUAGACGUUGCAAAGAGGCCACUGGUAAUUAUGCUGAAGAUUUUGGUGGUUUGUUUACAUAUUUCUUUGGUGAUAUAAAACAGUUACCACCAGUUAAAGAUAAACCAAUUUAUAGUUAUAAUCAGAAUUGUGUUUUAUCACAAUGUGGUUACAAUGCAAUGCAGAAUAUUCAGAAGUGUAUUAUUUUGAAUAAAAUACACAGGCAAAAUGAUAGCCAAUUUCUAAAUAUAUUGAAUAAUAUUAGUGAAGGUGUUGUAACUAAGGAAGAUUAUGAAGUUUUGAGGACUAGAAUGAAGGGAUCAGUAAGUAAUUAUAAUGAAUUUGAUGAUGCACUGCAUUUAUUUGCGACUAAAGAAGAAGUGCGUAAUUUUAAUAUAUCAAAGUUAUCUGAAUUGAGAGAUAGUAACAAUGAUUUUGUACCAGUUUUGAAAGUUGAAGCUCGAACAAAUUGUGUUAAAGCUAAAAAAGCUUCUACUGAUGAGGCCCAAGGAUUGGAGCAAAAUUUAUAUCUAGCAAAGGGAUGUAACAUUAUGCUGAGAACGAAUCUCUGGUUGGCUAAAGGCCUAGUUAAUGGUGCUAUGGGUAAAAUUGUUGACAUUUUAUAUAAUGAUAAGACUGAAGUUUCAAUUCAUCAUCCAACAGUUUUAUUGUGUGAAUUUGAAAAUUACACUGGCCCUUCUAUAAUACCAGGUUCAAAUGUAGUACCUGUGCCUACUAUGUUGAGCAGUUGGACAAAUCGGCAUAAUGAAUCAUUAUCUCGUAUUCAAUUUCCAAUAUCAUUGAGCUAUGCCUGUUCCAUUCAUAAAUCUCAAGGACUUACUUUGUCAAAGGCUGUUGUUCACAUUGGUGAGAAGGAAUUUGCACUUGGCCUAACGUAUGUUGCCAUGUCAAGAGUGAAGUCACUGAAUAGCAUUAUGUUAUAUCCAUUUUCAUUUUCACGAAUAAGUAAAUUGAAUUCAGGCAAUCUCAUAUUAAGAAAUGAUUUUUUGCAAUAUAUUAGUACUAAAUGUGUACUUUGAAUACUCAAUGUGUGAUUAUCUCGAGGUAAUUGAUUUGUUGUAGGCUCAAAGAAAAUACAGUUUAUGGCAUCAAAGUAUUCAUUUUAUUUGGUGAUUAAAUACAAAAUUAGAUGAUUUGUUUGGCAUUAUGCAUUGAUUGUUUGCCAAUGGUCUUUGAAAAAUAAUUAAUUAAAUUAUACUGCAGUUCUGUUAACAAAUGAUGGUCUUUCAAGGUAAUUGUGGUUUAUCAAAACAUACAUACAUCUUUUGCCAAUCGUCAGUCUCAACGUUAUGCAUUGUCUAUGGAAAAAGAAAUAAUGGUUAUAAAUGCUGAAAUGAUUAAGUUUUACUUAUUAAAUAUUGCAUUAUGUAAUACAUACCACAAGAGCAUCUACUGCUUCUCCAAUUGAUUGCAGGUUUAUAGUGAAGCUUUUGAACUUUUGUGUUUUCCUACAUAAAUGAUGUAAGUUGCAAUAUUAGUAAUUUAUAAAAAUGGUAUUACUUAUAUAAGAAGGAUUGUUUGUGGUAGAAAAAUUAGGCAAUUGUACUUACUGUUCUACUACUUGAUCCAAGUUGAAAUGGAUCCCAUAAGCCAUGAAAAUCAACUCGACAUCAUGCUUUUCAUAGUCAUUUCUGAAUGGGGAUUAGAAAUUUACUUAUGUGUGUAUUACAUGUGGCAUAAUGAACUUUUGCAGGUAGUAUAAAAGUUACUUACGGUAAAUUAGUGACAUAGAUUGAAUUUGUUGGUGGUCUAUUGUGGGUUCUGUCAUAUCUUUUAUGCAGUCCUGUGUUACUCAUUUUUUUGUAGGUGGAUCCAAUUCCCUUUUUUUUGUCUGAGUAAGUGACAAUUACUGUUU